GCCGCUGUCAAGGCUGCUGUUGCUCCUGUGACCAAUGCAGCACCCGCAUCUGUUCCUUCCGACGGUAAGCGUGGACUUGCCUGGGACCAGGCCAACGACGUCGCUCUCUUCCCCGUUGUUGACACUGGCAAGACUUCAUUCUACUGGAACUGGGGUCUUCAAUCCAACAUCAAGACAAGCAAGACCUUCUUGCCCAUGGCCAAGACAAUCGGCGAUUUCGCUGAAGCUGCUGCUGGUCAGCAUGAUGUCCUCCUCGGCCCCAACGAGCCCGACCACAUGGGUGUCUCCCCUGGCGCUGUUGCCGCUGCUUACAAGCAGUACUUGACGCCUGCUCGUGCAUCGGGUAAAAUCAAGUACCUCACCGGUCCUGCCAUCACCAACUCUCAGUCUGGUCUCUCUUGGCUCAAGGAGUUCAUGGCUGCUUGCUCUGACUGCAAGAUUGAUGCCCUCCAGACGCACUGGUAUGGCCCAAGCAUGGAGAUGUUUUACUCUCAGCUCAACGAGAUUCACUCUGCUUUCCCCUCGUUGCCCGUCUGGAUCCUCGAAAUUGGUUUCACCAACUGGAACCAGGCCACCAACCCAAGCGCUGACCAGGUCGCUGGUAUGCAGCAGGAGGCACUCGGCUGGCUCGAGUCUACCUCGUGGAUUGGCAAGUACGCCUUCUUCAUGGCUGGACAGAUUGACGACCAGAACCUCGGUUCCGUCAACGCUUUGCUCACUGGCCGUACAGCUGGCUCGAGCUUGUCGGCUUUCGGUGCCAAGUACGUCAACUAGACUUGUUUUUUGCUUGCAAAAUAGGUUGAAUGGAUGUUCUUGUUGAUAUUUGUUGCGUUAGGUGAUUGAUAUGUGCUGUCUAGGUCAGUAGACUGUCUUGCUCCUGUAUCGAGUAAUCUUGAGUAUUUACGUGCCUGAAUGCCAUGCAAAGUGACUGCCAUCAACUCACAAGCCUACCACUUUCAGAUGCCAUCUAUCAAAAGCUGGUCUGCACGUGCCUUCGACAGCUGUACAAGGAACAUUUGA